CGGAGACCCUCGCCGUCAAUGAGUCCAAUAUCACUCCUUGGCAAUCAGACCAUUCCGUCAAAGAAAGCAGCCUAUCAGGACAGGGCAGAACACUGGUCCUCGUCUCCCUCGCCGUAGCGCAUAGCAUACAAGGAAGGCAGGUUGUGGCUUCUCCUUUCUCCCUCUUGCACCAACCCCCUUCUGACAUCGACAUCGGCGCGCACCACCAUGAACUACGCCUCGCCCUUCUCGACGACGCCCCUUCGCGGGCCCUUGCCUGUCCUCAAUCGCGCAGAGUCAUCUUGGCGCAGCGACCAGGAUGGUAUUCAGAUGCUCAGGCGGCCCUCGAGACCUGGAGACGAGGACGAUGCGAUCGAUGUCAAAACGAAGACUGCAGACGAUCCUCAGGAUGGAGGAGGAGGACAACCGCCAGGAGCAGGCAGCGAUAGCGGCAUAGCCACCGUGCUUCGUCGAGGCCGAGGGGGAGGUCAGCAGCAGCGGCAAGGAGAUUCUGCUCGGUACUUAGCCGAUCGCCCGCCAAAGGGACGAUGGGACAAGUUCAAGUGGUUCCUCAAGAUGCAGCUCAAGUAUCUCGGGCCUGGUAUUACCAUGAGCGUCGCAUACUGUGAUCCCGGCAACUGGUCGACUGACCUACAAGCCGGCAGUCAAUUCGGGUACCCGCUCCUCUUCGUCAUCCUCCUCACGGGCAUCUUCGGUAUCAUCCUCCAAGUCCUCUCGCUCCGAAUGGGAAUCGUCUGCAACGAGGAUCUCGCUGUCCUCACGCGUCGCUGGGUCAUGAGCAUUGGCAAGAGCAAGAAGCCCGUAGCCAUCAAUCGUGACCGCUCUCAGUCCCCCUCACCCUCGCCGAUGACCGUUGAGGACCCUAGCACAUCCACUUCGACACGUCACUCAGUGUGGGCGCACAGGAGCCGAGUAGGGCUACUGUGGACCCUCUACCUCGUAGCAGAGGGAGCUAUCAUCUGCACAGAGCUGGCCGAGCUAGUCGGCUCGGCCAUCGCUCUCACGCUCCUCUUCCCCAAGCUGCCUCUCUGGGGAGGCGUCCUCAUCACCUCGGCGGACGUCUUCCUCAUCCUCUUCAUCUACCGCCCAGACACCAAGGGACUCCGAGCCUUUGAGUUCUGCAUCGGAGUGCUGGUGCUUAUCGUCAUCAGCUGCUUGGUGGCGUUGGUGGUCAAGGUCGAGCCGCACUGGCCCGACGUCUUCCACGGCUAUCUGCCCUCGGCCGCCGUUGUGGGACCGCAGGCACUGUACGUGGGCAUCGGUAUCUUGGGAGCUACGUGUAUGCCGCAUGGCUUGUUUUUGGGUAGUCACUUUGCCAUGUUCGAGCGAGAGGAGCACACAGACAGGGAGGCCGAAGUCACUGCCGCGCAAGAGCGCAGGGAGCGUCGUCAUGACCAUGACACUGCGAGCAACUGCGAGGCACAGCGAGAGGCCCAGCACGUCCUCCCUGUCCCAUCCUCAACGUCUACGGUGGCGGACAAGGGGACAAGGGCACGUCGCCUCCGCAGCACCAUGCAUCGCCUUGCGCGUCGUAUUCCUGGAGUCGACCCUUCAGUAUUAGGGAUCACUACGCCGGAGGAGGAGCAGGCGGCUGCCAAAGCCAGAGGUGCCACGCCACCCCCACCUCGCCCUCCUCCGACUCUUCGUUCCCUCAAUAGGCGCCUCCUCCACUCCACCAUAGACGUCACCGCCUCGAUGAUUCUCUUUGCCCUCACGACUAAUUCCGCCCUCCUCAUCGUGGCAGCCCAAGCCUUCUACUUUGGGCUGGACGGCUCACCUGCCAACGAGACGCACGGCAACGUGGUAGUUGGCGACCUAUUCGAAGCCUUCGAUCUCCUCUCCUCGCGCCUCAACCACGCCUCCGCCAUCCUCUUUGCCGUCGCCCUCCUCGCAGCAGGCCAGUCUGCAUCUAUCACCGUCACGCUUGCAGGGCAGGUCAUCUCCGAGGGAAUGAUCAAGUGGCGGACGAACCCAUUCUUGAGGCGCUGCUUGACGAGGGGUAUCACACUCAUCCCCAGCUUUGUCGUUGCGGCGGCAGUGGGGCGAGGUGGACUCGAUAGGAUGUUGGUGGCUAGCCAGGUGGCAUUGAGUAUGGCGCUGCCCUUUGUGCUUGCGCCGUUGCUUGUGAUCACGGCGCAGGAGAAGUGGAUGGUGGUGAAAAUCCGGGAUGCGGGCGAGGCGGGCGAGGAAGAUGACGCAACUGGGCAGCACGAGGAGGCUGCUCCUCAAGCUACGCAGACGACAGAUGGUGCAGGUGUGCGGCAGAGCGCAAGCUCGUGGUGGACUCGCCUCACGCGCGGCCGCGGUAAGCCUCAGCAGCGCCGUCGUCUCUCCUUCUCGCUGCGACCUGAACAUACCCGCUCCUCCUCGUCACUCUCGUCCUCUUCAUCUGAGGACGAGCGCGAAGGGCGGGAAGCACUACCCGCUGCCGCCGUCACCGGUGCCCCGUCUCGCAUGAUCACGGUAGUCCACUACGCGAGCAGCUGGCCCCUCGUUGCGGUCACGGCAGCCAUCUUCACCUUGAUCGUCCUGUGUGACGGCUUUGUACUCAUUACCACGGCGCUAGGCACAGGGGGUGCCGCCUGAUCAUAUCUCGUUCUUUCCUCUCCAUUGUCCUGUAUCAAUAGAUUAUACUCAUCUCUUCGCUCUCGCAAAGGGCGUCCACGCAGUAGCAGCACCUCAGAAGGGGGGACGCACACGUUAGCCGUUGGUCACGUAGCAGUAGCAGAGAUCAUUCAAUAAUAUUGACAAUGUACUUGUAC